UGGCAUUGUGUUCAAAACAAACUUUGUUGUUGAUGGUGCCAUUUAAGCGAAACAUGAUCAUAAAGUCUGUAAAUACGCUUAGUCAUAUAAAAUCAAAUACAAGUGAAACGACUUGAAGCAGUAACGAUAACAUUUGAAUAAUAUAAUAUAGUACUCUGUGCCUCGAUAAUUGUUUUCACUUCGUUUAGCGAAUUAUUUAUCUUCAUAAAAAAGCGGCAGUUGGUGAUAAAGAUUUCGUGCUUUCGCAGAUGCAUUAAGACCGUGACACAAAUAGGCCACUUGUAUAACUAAGAACAUUAGAAACAAAAAUAUAUAUAUAUUAUUAUAUUGAAUGGAGGUUUUGAAUAACAGUGAUGUUGAGAAUAGUUUUAAAGACAUUACCAGUGACAUUAACAGAGGCGAUGGAGAAAAGUAUCUUGCUAUGACAAUACUUGGUUUUGGUAGUUUUAUCACAGGAAUGCUUCCCGCUUUAAUUUCGGAACGUAAUCGCAGAAGGUUUCCUCUAUCAACAUCAGUACUACUUUGUUUUGGUGCAGGCAUAUUGUUGGCAACAGCUUUAGUACAUAUUUUGCCAGAGGUUCGAAAACAAAUGUCUUCAAAUUAUGCGGAAAUAUCGUUGUGUGCUGGGUUUUUUAUAAUAUAUUUUAUUGACGAAUUCAUACAUUAUUUUUUUGGAGAUCCUGGUCACCAUAUUACUCCGAUUUCUACAACUGCAGAGGGAAACACAAACCCAAACACAAAUCGUAAUUACGGUACUGUUAACACCGAGAGGGAACAUUUGUUAGCAACAACAAGUAACGACAAUAUUUCCCAACAGACUUUGUGUACUCAUAAUAUUAACAUUCAUGGGUCACAUAAUCAUACAAAUCGAAUUAAUAUGGAACAACAAGGCAAUCAUUCGCACAGACAUAGUCAUGGUCAUGGGCAUGGUCACUCAAAUACUAACAUUGACUCAGUUGAUAAUGAGCAUCUGUGUUAUAUAAUACAUGCAGAGCCAUGCGUACAACAAACCUUAAGCGGUACUUUGGGACUUUUCGUUGCUCUUUCAAUGCAUUCAGCAAUAGAAGGUUUAGCGAUUGGUGUGCAAAACUCAGCAUCAAAGGUUUUAUUUUUAUUAGGCGCUGUGGCUUGUCAUAAAUUCGUAAUGGGAUUCUGUUUGGGAUUAGAAUUUCGAACAAGUACAAGUACACAAACAAACUUACGUACUCAAUUCAUUGGUAUAUUGGUUUUUGCGUUGGGAGCAGUUUGUGGUAUUGGAAUUGGUAUGAUCAUUGUUGAUAUACCAACUAAAUGGGCGACAACAACAUUACCAAUUAUUCAGGCAUUAGCCGGUGGGACACUACUUUAUGUUACUGUUUGUGAGGUUAUACCGCGUGAAAAAGCUCGAUGGCAUCAAAAUUCGCGUAGAAUUGCUGGAUUUUCACAAUUUUUAGCAGUAUGUUGCGGUUUUGUAGCUAUGACAUUGAUUAAUUUUUAUGUCGGAGACAAUGAUGCUUAAUUUUUUAGCUUUAUAAUACUUUUUAUAUGAUAUUAAUUAUGUUUCUCAAUAGUUAAUAUUUAUCAGUGUAUAUAUACAAGUAUAUGUUAUAUAAUGAUCGUUUUAAGUUAUAGUUGUUUUAUGUAAUGAAUUACCACAUUGUUGACUUUAUAUAACAAUAAAAAUUUUAAAACAUUUGUCUAAAUAUAA